CCGCCGGAAUUUACAAAUGGCACGCCAGGUGCUCGCCGUCGCCCUCAUAUUCUUCAUCGCCGCCGUCGCGGUGGUUUCAGCCCAAGCUCCCGCCGGUUCUCCGUCGGCCUCUCCGGCCAGCGCCCCGGCCGCAGCCCCCACGGCUGGAGCUGCCGCUGCCGCUGCCUCGCCGGUUUCGGCCCCCGCUGCCUCUCCGACGACUGAGGAUGCGAUCGACGCAGCCGCAGCCGCCCCCGCCCCCGGCCCCGCCGGCGAGGGCCCGACGGCAGCUCCAGCUGAUGCUCACGGAGCCGAAGCUGAUCAUGCCGGUGCGGCUGCGUUGAGAAGCUCCGCCGCCGUGGGUGCCGCCGCAGUGGCCGGGUACUUGUUCUUCUAGAUGGUGGAGAUGAGGGUUUGGAGUGGGAAUAGAGUUUUCUUUAUAUCAUUUAUUUAUUUGUACGUAAUUGUGUUAUAGAAAUUACGUAUUAUAUUUGAAAU